AUGAAAGGACGUGAAGAAGAAAAAGAGGCGAUGGAGAAGCAAUGGGGAAGAAGAGGAUGGAGGGUGGAAGGGAAGUCGUCGCGACUGGCGUCUGGAGGCGUGCGCCUAACCACGCACGCGACCACACGCUGCCAACUUAACGGGCUGGCGCAAAAAGUCGAGGGGGCUGUACGGGUUUGGCUAUGGCCCAAGUCACGACUUGCGGAAUUUCAGGAAGAGCACGAUGUCGCACUACACUUGGAAUCUCCACAAUGGCACUUCGGAGGACUUCCGCUUGGCACGGCUUUGCUGAAAGACGACGGAUGUGACCAGGAUGUAUUUAAAUGGCAAAGGGAGACGCAGAAAGAGCAACGCUUUCCUCUUUGUGGCUGCAACGCGCUGGACGCAUCUGCGUUCCCCACCAUUCAUAGCUUUUGCCCUCUGUUGUAUAUGUCAACACCUUUAACCCUUUCCAAUUCUACAUCGGACAUCGGCGGGGUAUUUGAUACAUUUAGUCAAGUUAAACAGAAAGGUUUGGGAGAAAAACAAUCACCCUUUAUUUUCCUAAAUGCAUUUAAUGCGUUCCAUUACUGGGGUCUUCUUCCAUUCCAUUUCCCCUCCUCGCCCGCCCGCCGCGGAGAUCAAUCGGCCGUGGGCGGCGGCAGCGACGGGCCGCGCUCCUGGGCGCGCGCUGGCGAGCUUCAUAUCCGCCCGGUACUGAUAGCUCUCUUUACAUUUGCAGUCAAGAUUGUGGUAUAA